AUAACUUCACACUAGUAACCAAACAUUCAACAUUCCUCACAACACAAGCACGACGUGGAGAAAACGGACGAAACAUAAAUUUUCUCUGAAAGCGAGCGACUAAAAUUCAAGUCGAAAAACAAAAACAUGAACCGAGCAGCAAUGAAACGCGUGGAUUCUCCGACGGAGCAGGAGAAUGACCAGCGGAUGGCCGAGGAGGAGCUAGGCCGUCUGCACCUGCAGUAUCGCAUCGUGGAGGGUCACCGUAAGGCCUACUUCGAGGAGGCAAGGAAUAUCAUCAGAAAACAAAAGUCCCACAUCGACUCCCUGAGCGAGGAGAAGCAGGAGAUUGACACAGAUCUCAGACUGGCCCUGAGUCAGACCAAUCUCAAGAAGGACCAGGCCAACGCGCAACGCCUCAAGAAACUGCUGACUGCUUACGAACAGGAUAAGGCUGCAGUCGCCGAGGAAGAGGGCGCUAUUGACAAGCUGGACGAGGAGGUGAGGAAGCUUGAGCGCAUGCUCCAACAGAAGUACAAAGAUUUGGGCGGUUUCCAAGUGGACGGUAUUCGUCACGUGAGCACUCAGAAGCGAAUCAGGGUCCUGGAAAAUCGGCUGGACAAGGCCACAGUCGGCUUCAACACGAUGCUGACCAACAACCAGGACCUGCGGGAACGAAUCGACCACCUCAGACGAGAGCGCGCCAUCUACGACAAGUUGUACCGCAGACUGAGCAAGGAGCAGAACGAGCUAAAGUGCAAGAUCACGGAGAUGAUCGACGAGGCCACAGCUGCCUAUGAUAUGAGAGACGAAGCCCAAUCGAAGAUGUCUUCUCUUCGCGAGCGCCAGGAGCGAGAGCAGACGCUGUACGGCGUGGAGAUCAAAGAACUCAAGCGAAUCAUCGAUCACGACCAGAAACUGAAGGACUUCAUGGCCGUCAAAUGCCAAGAGAGAACCGAGCUGAAGGCGAUCGAGGCUGCUAAGAGAAAGAAGAAAGAGGACAAGAAAGCCAACGAGCGCGCCCACAAGGAGGAGAUCGAGAUGUUCGAGCGCGCGUUCGAUCGAGUCCGCGGGGUGACCGGCAGCGACGACCUCGACGAGCUGGUCCACGACUUCGUCAAGAAAGAAGACGUGAACUUCGCCCUCUUCAACUACGUCAACGAGCUCAACAACGAGGUAGAGGUGCUGCACGAUGCGAUCGGCGCCCUCAACGUCGACAUCGAGGCCUUCCAGAAGCAAGGAAUGAAGCUGGACAAGAGCCGGCAGAUGAUACUGAAGGAUUUGGAGAUGAGGUAUACCACAACCGACCACCGGUGCAAGUUGUACGAGAAGCGCCUGAAGCGAUCAGGCAAGCUGCUUGACCAGCUCAAGACAGCCGUGGACCGAACCUUUCGCCGGCUGGGCUGCGACGACACCGCCAUCUGUGACCUGCUGGGGUCGGGCCGCGGCAUCUCCGUACGGAACAUCAUGAUGUACCUGGGCCAGGUCGAGCAGACUACCAACGAUCUGAUGCUGAUACAGCAUUUCCUGCAGCUCAAGGAAGUACACGCAUCAAAGGGUGACGCUGUGCAGCCAGCCCUUCAGCCAAAACAGACUGGCAGCAUUGUGGCCGCCAAACUGCGCCCAACACCUCGUGUCAGCAUCGCUAUCAUGCCGCCCUCUCUUGAGGCGCAAGAGGGCGUCCUAGCGGACGACGAGGAGGAGGAGCCAGUACCGGACGAAGUUCAACCUUUAACCCUGGAUGAACUUCGACAAAAGGUCGUCAAGACGAUACGCAAGAAGGACGCUCAGCCGAAGAAACUGAAGGACACUAAGGGGCAGACGGAGGGUCAGAGUAGCCCAAGCAGCGGCGCAAAGGACUCCAAAACAGCCAAACAGUAGUAAUAAAGUCAUUUAAAUGAAAUGGUGGGAAACGAAAUCGAAAUGCUGUUAGUUGCAGUACUAAAGAGCUACAGGGCGUGUGCAACAUUACUUACUACGAACGCAUUCUAGCCAGUCGCUUGAUAAAAGUGACCGAAAAAAAUCUAGCGGUAGUAAUAUCCGCGUAAUCAAGAGAAAACAGCAAUGACAAUAUUGGUAUUGACAUUUUACUCAAUAUCUUUUAACCAAUUGCAAAGUAGAGCUAUUUUGUAAAUGCAACAUUCUGCACGUAUUUAAAUACAUGUACACUGAAUUAAGAACAAUAAAGUCAAUAAUCACUUGAACAAAAUUAGUAAUAAGAUUUUUACUUGGCAAAAUGGUCUAUACG